AUGGAGGAUACCAAAGCUUACAACUCUUCUACGGAGGAAAUUAUAUCGUUACCCACCCGGACUAUUCGAGCACGAAGGGCGCCGGAUGUUCCGGUGGAUGUCGACGCCGAUGCUGAAUUUGUGAAAGAACACUUGAAUGACCCCUACAUGGAUCUAUCAAGACCUUACAAAUCGACUGAAUCCAUGGAGCUUUCCGAUAAGAAGGUUCAGCAACUGCAAUAUGCACCUUCCGAGUUGGAUGCAGAGUCCAACGUUGAUACGUUCGACCGUUACUCCACUUCCCGCGCUGAAUCUCGCAAUUCAACUGCUAUCGAAUUUGACGACGAAUCACCUUAUCCUGAGGUUCGCGCAGCAGUCUCCAGUACCGAUGAUCCAGAAAUGCUGGUGAACACCUUCCGCAUGUGGUUUCUGGGAAUUGUCUUCGCCAUUCUUGUCUCCGGGAUCAAUCAGUUUUUCAGUGCUAGAUACCCAUCCGUUUACAUCAGCGGAAUCGUUGUUCAGUUAAUUGUUUUACCCUGCGGUAAAUUAAUGGAACGAGUUCUCCCCACCUAUCGCUUCAACACUUUUGGCUUCCGUUGGUCGUUGAACCCUGGUCCUUUCACCAUCAAGGAACACGUCUGCAUCACAAUCAUGGCCAACGUAGUAGUGGGAGGUGCCUAUGCAACUGACAUCAUUGCGACGCAGAAGAUCUUCUACAAUCAAGCCAUUCCUUACGGAUACCAAAUUCUACUUUGCAUCGGUUCGCAGGUGUUGGGUUUCUCUCUGGGUGGUCUUCUUCGACAAUUCGUUGUUUGGCCGUCCAGCAUGAUCUGGCCUGGCGCUUUGGUCAACUCAGCACUAUUCAACACAUUACACAAGAAUUACGGGAAACGCGACCGCGGACACAUGACUCGCGAACGCUUCUUCCUCUAUGCGUUCCUCGGUAGUUUCGCUUAUUACUGGCUCCCGGGAUAUCUGUUCACCGCGCUCAGUGUUUUCAACUGGGUGUGUUGGAUUGCUCCAAACAAUAUUCCUGUGAACGCUCUUUUCGGAACCAACACGGGUUUGGGUAUGGGUGUUUUCACCUUCGACUGGUCAAUGAUCGCGUACAUUGGCAGCCCGCUAGUUACUCCCUGGUGGUCGGAGCUGAACACCAUUGUUUCGCUGGUCAUCCAAUUCUUCAUAUUGGUUCCCAUCCUUUAUUUCACGAACGCCUUCAAUACUGCCUACCUCCCUAUUUCCGCUCCUGUCGCGUUUGAUCGCACUGGCGCGGAAUAUGACGUUAGUCAAGUUGUCACUAAUGGACAGUUCGAUAACGACAAAUACCUUUCCUACUCUCCGGUUUUCAUCCCUGCGACCUUGUGCAUUGCAUAUGCUAGCUCCUUCGCUGCCUUUUCUGCAGUCUUUGUGCACACUUUCUUGUGGUUCCGCCGCGAUAUCGCUCGCCGCUUUAGGUCAACUCUCAAGGAUGAACGUGAUGUGCAUUCUCGGCUCAUGCAGGCCUACAAGGAGGUUCCUUGGUAUUGGUAUACUGCUGUUGGUGUCGUUGCCAUGAUCUUCUUCCUCAUUUCCGUCCAUCUCGUUCCUACGAACUUCCCCAUCUGGGCGGCCGUGUUUGCAUUUGCCAUCUCCUCUCUUCUCUCUCUUCCCAUGGCCAUGCUCCAAGCGAUUACGAACCAACAGGUUGGAAACAUCCAAGUCUUCUACGAACUCAUCGGCGGGUACGUCCUGCCUGAGCGCCCUGUCGCUGUUGUCCUUUUCAAAGGGUUGACCUACGUCACCACGAGCCAAGCUAUCGCAUUUUCUGGAGAUAUGAAGCUGGGCCAUUACAUGAAAGUUCCCCCUCGUCUUAUGUUCACCGUCCAGACUGUUGCGGUCGUUGUCGCCUGCUUUACUGUUACUCUCGUACAGAACUGGAUGUUCGCCAACAUCGAGGACUAUUGCUCCCCUGACCAAAAAGAUGGGUUCAUCUGCCCGUCCACAAACACUUUCGCAACCUCUUCGCUCAUCUGGGGUGGUGUCGGCCCAACUCGUAUGUUUAACAUCGGCCGCCCUUACAACCCCCUUCUCUUCUUCUACCUCAUCGGCGCUGUCCUUCCUAUUCCCUUCUACAUGCUCGCCCGUCGUUUCCCUCUCUCUUUCUACAGGUACAUCAACAUCCCGGUCUUCUUCGGUGGUGUCGGUGCCCUUCCUCCUGCCUCCGGUAUCAACUAUACUUCUUGGGCAGCCGUUGGGUUCAUUUUCAACUAUUGCAUGCGCCGCUUCCAUUUUAGGUGGUGGAUGCGCUAUAACUACAUCCUUUCGGCUGCUCUGGACGGUGGGGUUGCGAUCUCACUCAUAGUGAUCUUCUUCGCGGUGCAACUUCCGCGGGGUGGCUUUACUUUGAAUUGGUGGGGUAACACUGUCUGGACCAACACGGCCGAUGCCAUGGGCCUUCCCUUCAAACUACCAGACGGCCCGAACGGUACCUUUGGCCCUUCCACUUGGGCUUAA